AAAAUACCCAAUCCAUGGAAGACUUCAAAAUUUGUUACAGAGACCUUAGAGGGCAAGUUUGCAACAAUACUAUUUAUUUGCCAAUUGGACAUGCCUCUCGUCCAAGUGCUUUUACCAGAAUUUCAACACCAGAAUCUCAACAUAAAGAGCAGGAUUUAUUUAAAUUUGAGAUUUCUUUGAAGGACGUUAACCGCCCAGAAAUAGUGGAGUCAGAACAAUUCAAAAACCAAGAUGAGCAGUUUAGCACCAUUUCAUCCCAGGAAGAAGAAAUACCACAGUUAAAAGCCACUCCUUCGUUUAAUCCUCAAAGUUCUGAUGUUAUUCAAGCUAAUGAAUCCAAGGAAGAAAUUAUGGCUGAAUUCAUGUCGAGCCUUAAAGCCCCUUCUGAAAAGCCAAGACACGAGAAGCAAUGUAUGAGAGUUACAUCAGGAAAUAGGAAGUAUUCAGCCGAACUUGAGGGUUGCGAAACUUCCUCCAAAACCUACCUCUUUGAGAUCGGAACGAACCCUUCAGAAAUAGAUUUUUCUCCUGCUAAUUGUUCUCAGUUUUCUCAUCUGAAUAAGCCUAGAGUAGGAAUUUACAGCCAGAAGGUCAGGAUGGCCAAAAUCCUUCGUUACAAGGCUAAGAUCCAGAAAUGGAUACGUGGAGAACACAAGAACAAGAACUUGUACUAUAAGAGACGGACUAUCGCCAAGAACAAGAAGAGGGUCGGAGGCAAAUUUGUGAAGCAGAAUGCCUAAUUUUCUGACACAAUUUGGAAAUUAGUGCUGUAAACAAUCCCAGUCCCAUGAAUACAUUAUUUCUGGAUUAUAGCAGCCAUUAACUUUUUAACACCUAAUAAAGCUUUAAAUACACUUG